AUGUUCGACAAGAAGACAUCCCAUGGUCGUUCAGAGAGUUUUUUAUCCAAAUAUCGAGCCGGUAAAUCGUCAUCUCGAACGAAGAGGUCGUUCAGGGAACAUGCGACCGGUUCACACCGUUCAGAAAGGGACGAAAAGCCGGCCACCCCUCCUAUGGGAAGCACCCUGACUUCUGCCAUCGUCACCAUCUGCGUUGGGCCUGAACAACGUCUCUUUGCUGCCCACGAAGAUGUCCUAUGCGUCUCCCCUUUCUUCGCAGCGUGCUGUCGCGGCCAGUUCCUCGAGUCUCACAGCAAGCGGAUCAACUUGCCCGACGAGCAGCCUGAAAUCCUCUCCUGCGUUCUUGAAUAUCUUUACAAGGGCGACUACUAUCCAAGACUCAUACACAACAAGCGGCGUAAUACCUGGGAGCUAGAAGACGACAGAAUGGAUAUUGAUGGGGAAACCAGGGAGCCCACCAUUAUCGACCAGAAUACCGGCGCGGUGGUCUUGAAAGAUACUGCCGUCUAUUGUGCCGCAGAAAGAUACAACCUGCCGGAGCUGAAGCGUCUAGCCCUCCGCAAGCAAGGCUUGCAAUCCGGCAUCCAAUGCAGCACCAUCCUCUCCAGCGCGAGAUAUGCAUACUCCAAUACACCGGACACGGACUCCAAGCUCCGCGCCCAUUAUCUGGCCCUGAUCAUCCGCUGCAGGUCCACCUUCAAGCGGAGCGGCACGAUGCAGAUGGAAAUGGAGCAGGGGGGCAAACUCUUUUUCGACCUCUUCGUUGCAAUGUGCAACCACAUGGUUGGUCUUUGUAAACUCAUGCUGAUGACCAUUGGUCAUUUUUUCACUAAUCAUGCUGUUCUUAUUCUACGACAGGAUGACCUUAGCGCCGCCUCCAAAUCUCCUUUCUCCCGUUAA